AUGUCUCCUCCUGUGACCUCCGACCCCGUCACCACGCCCCAGCGGCCCCCGACCCCCGUCCACGCCUUUGGCACUCUGGCCGUCCACGCCGGCGCUCCCAUCGACCCCGCGACGGGCGCCGUGAUUGAGGCCAUCUCGCUGUCCACAACCUUUGCCCAGUCGGCCGUCGGCAAGCCCGUGGGUAUCUACGAGUACUCGCGGUCGUCCAACCCCAACCGCGACAACUUCGAGACGGCUGUGGCCGCCCUGGAGCACGCCCGGUAUGCCCUCGCCUUCUCCUCGGGCAGCGCCACCACGGCCACCAUCCUGCAGAGCCUGGCGGCCGGCAGCCAUGUCAUCUCCGUGUCCGACGUCUACGGCGGCACCCACCGCUACUUCACCCAGGUGGCCAAGGCCCACGGCGUCAAGGUCACCUUCACGCCCGAGAUCGAGGUCGACAUUGCCGAGCACAUCACCGACCAGACCCGCCUGAUCUGGAUCGAGACGCCCAGCAACCCGACGCUGCGCCUGGUCGACAUCCGCGCCGUCGCCUCCGUCGCCCACAAGCACGGCGUCCUCGUCGUCGUCGACAACACCUUCCUGUCCCCCUACGUCCAGAACCCGCUGGAGCUGGGCGCCGACAUCGUCGUCCACUCCGUCACAAAGUACAUCAACGGCCACAGCGACGUCGUCAUGGGCGUCGCCGCCUUCAACAGCGACAACCUCAAGACCCGCCUGAGCUUCCUCCAGAACGCCAUCGGCGCCGUGCCCUCGGCCUUUGACUCGUGGCUCGCCCACCGCGGCCUCAAGACCCUGCACCUGCGCGCCCGCGAGGCCAGCAAGAACGCAACCACCGUCGCCCACGCCCUCGAGGCCUCUCCCCACGUCAUCGCCGUCAACUACCCCGGCCUCGACUCCCACCCCCACCGCCACAUCGCCCUCAAGCAGCACCGCGAGGGCAUGGGCGGCGGCAUGCUGUCCUUCCGCAUCCGCGGCGGCCACGCCGCCGCCGAGCGCUUCUGCCAGGUCACAAAGAUCUUCACCCUCGCCGAGUCCCUGGGCGGCGUCGAGAGCUUGUGCGAGGUCCCCAGCAGCAUGACCCACGCCGGCAUCCCCCGCGACCAGCGCGAGGCCGUUGGCGUCUUUGACGAUCUCGUCCGCCUGAGCUGCGGUGUCGAGGACGCCGAGGACCUCAAGAAGGACGUGCUCCAGGCCUUGGAGCUUGCCGUCUCCUUCACCAAGAGCACCAACGGCACUAACGGCACUAACGGCCUCUAA